AUGUCUGAGGCGCGCAGGCGGCCAAAGCGCCGCAGGGAGGACCAUGAUACGAUGGGCGAGGCAGAUACUAUACAGCUUGCGCAAGACAUUGCGCUAAAUGUGGCUGGUGCAAUGCCCCACGAGCAGCGCAGGGCGACGACUGGGUAUGUGCCCGGCUCGAUUGUACGCGUCGCCUGCGAGCGAUUUGUUACCUACGAUGCGGUGGAAUUCUUCCCCGGGCCGUACCUGAAUAUGAUUAUUGGUCCGAACGGUACUGGAAAAAGCACCGUGGUGAGUGCGAUUGCGCUGGGACUCGGCUGGAAGCCCUCUGUGCUUGGCCGUGCGAAAGAUGUGGCAAGCUAUGUAAAGCUCGGCCAUGGCGAGGGCUGGGUAGAAAUUGAACUGCAGGGGUUUUCUGGGAAAGACAAUAUCGUGAUUCGCCGUGUCCUCUUUCGCGAAUCGAACUCGAGCGACUGGCUUUUAAAUGGUGCAAAUGCAAGCGCACGAGAAGUAAACGAAGCCGUAUCGCAGUUCCACAUUGAGGUCGGAAAUUUGUGUACUUUUCUCCCCCAGGACCGUGUAGCUGAUUUUGCAUACAUGUCACCGCAGCGGCUGCUGCGCGAGACGCAGUACGCUGCUGGGCAUCCCAAGCUUAGCGAAUGGCACGACAUGCUUAUUUCGUUUGGCGGAGACCUCGGUAAAAUCAAACAGCGCAUUACCAACGAUACAGAGGAGUAUACACACUUGGAGAAUCGCAACCGCGUACUGGAACGCGAUGUCCGACGCUACGAAGAGCGUGUAGAGUUGGAGAACCGCAUGCGUAUGUUGGAAGCGCGCGUUCAUUUUGCCAAGUACCGCGAGGCAAAGCAGCGGUACGACAUUGCGCAUACCGAGCGGGCGCAAGCAAAGACACAGGUGCGGGAGUGCGAGCGUGCGCUGUUGCCUGUGCAAGAGGAACGCGAUCGACUUGAGCAGCGGGCACAAAAGAUGGAUCUACAGCUGUCCGUGCAGCGAAAAGAGGCGGACGACACGUACGGGACAUGUCGACGCAUUGAGCAAGAACGCGAGCAGGUGGACUUGGAAAUGUCAUCUUUGAACGAGCAGGAACGUCAGCUUGAAGCGGCCGAGACCAAUAGGGGGCAACAAAUCCAGGCACUACGGGCGCGCAUUGCAGCCAUGGAAGAGGAGACGGCUGAAGAACCAGCGCAGAUUGACACCAGCGCAUUAGACGCAGAUUUGCGCGCAGUAAAAGGCGAGCACCGUACCAUUACAGAAGAUUGCCGCGACUUGGACUCGCAACAAUCCGAUCUGGCGGCAGCGCAGCAGCAGCAGCGAACACGCAAACAAGCAGUGGAGCGCAAGCUGACGGAAAGCAAUAAUAUCCGGCACCAGCGCUUGCAGAUAUUGGCGCAUAACGAUAAGGAUACGUACGAAGCGAUCCGGUGGCUUGAUAGCCACCGGGACAUGUUCCAGCACAGGGUUUAUGACCCCGUGCUUGUCCUGCUGAGUGUAAAGCGCCCGGAUGCGGCACGCGCUGUGGAAACGUGCCUGAAUUGGAAUAUCCAGCGUACAUUUGUAUGCCAAAGCCGUGCAGACUACGAUCUGUUCACGCGAGAGCUCAUUGACACGCGCGGAUGGCGCCUGAAUGUUGUGGAACAAGAAGGAAGUGCUCCGCUAACCUCGUUUAAACCACCAAUUUCUUUGGAUGCGUUGCAAGAGGCAGGAUUUGACAACUAUAUCUUGGACAAUGUCGAUGCGCCGGAGGAUGUGUUGCGUUUUCUGUGCACCAAUGCACACAUCCACCUCAUUCCCAUAUCCUUCCGCGGUACGGCGAAUGCAGAAGAAGUCGAACGCCUGCGAAAAUUCCAGCGCUACAUUAUCGGCACGACUCUCUUUACCACAUUUUACUCCAAAUAUGGGAAGCGGUUGCCAGUGACACAAUCGCGCGAACUGCGCCCGCUGCGCAACUUUGCGCACUCGAGUCAGUCGCAAGAAAAAGGCGAGGCUGAGCACCAGCUUGUUGCCGUGAACGAAGAAAUAGCACGGCUGGACGAGCGAGUACAGCAAAACCGUCGUAUGUUUGACAUGAAGCGAACCAGGCUGCAGGAUUUGAGCACAAAACGUGAACAGCUUGUCGAAGAGCAGCGUGCUGCCCACCGUCUGGUUUCUGAAUGGCGGAAGGCUCGCUCUCUCUUAGCUGCUGAGCGCCAAAAGCUAGUGCGAGAAGAAUCGCGCCCCUCGGCUGCAUCGCAGCGACAACAAAUCAAUGAUGAGCGAAAGAAGAACGCAUUGCAGCUUGGAAAAGCAGCCGAGCGCUAUUUACGUACGCUUCACACGCUGAUGCAUGCACGCAAGCAAUGCGAUAUAUUGGUGCUCUCUAAAUUGCGGCACACCACAGAGCUGAACCGCAUAAUGGAGCAGAUCCGUACACACCAAACGGAGCUAAAAGAGGCGAUGGAUGCUUUGGAGCGUGUAGUGAGCGUAUUUGGUCAGGCAAAGGAAGAAACGCUCGCGGCCAAGCAUUUUUACGAACUACAUAUGGAGAGUGUGGAUGCAGAAACACAGCAAACAUUCUUUGAUCAAUACAGAGAUGAUGCAGAGGGGGUCGAUCAGCUGGAAUUACAGCUACAAGGCGCAAAAGCAUCUUUCGAUAUACCAUGGGGAAUAGGGCCGAGCGUAUUGGAAGCUUUCCGAGCCAGGAAGGCCAAAAUUGCGGAACUGAAGGCGACUAUGGAUGCGACAAAAGUGGAACAGACGCAGCUCGAGUCCAAGGUACAGCGAGUAGAGAGCCAGUGGCUGCCAUCGCUGGAGCAUUUGGUUGCAAAUGUAAACGAGCGAUUUUCCGCUGCAUUUGCUCGCCUUGGGUGCGCUGGCGAAGUUCGACUGGCGCGCGAUGAGAGUUUCGAAAAGUGGGGUAUAGAUAUCCUCGUCAAAUUCCGCGAAACGGAGCAGCUGCAGCUGCUUACUGGCCACCGACAAUCAGGCGGCGAGCGGUCCUUGUCCACGAUAUUGUACUUGCUCAGCCUUACGGAACUCGCUCGCUCGCCGUUUUCGCUCGUGGAUGAGAUCAAUCAAGGCAUGGAUCCACGCGCAGAGCGUGCAGUGCACGAUCAGAUGGUCGCCAUUACAUGCAGACCGGAAGCGGGGCAGUACUUUUUGAUUACGCCUAAGCUUUUGACCGGGCUUCGGUAUCAUGAACUCAUGAAAGUGCUACUCAUCAACAAUGGGAUAUGGUUACCAGAGCGACUUAAUCUAUCAGAGAUUGUGUCACAGAAGCGCGCGCGGGUUCCUGGGGCAUCAGACCGCUCCAGUGCCACGGCAAGCGCCGCUAGCUGA